CCUCUAGAACCCAGGGCCUGACCAGCAGCUCCUUGCUGGCUUUUCGCGCCCCUGGGUUGUUUCACUUCCCGAGUAGGCUCUCCGUGUACACGUGUCGUACCCACAGGUGGCACAUGGUGUGGAGUGGAUCGCCUACGGCACAUCGUGGACUUUCGUCGCGUUGUUUCUGUGCUGUUUGUGUGGAGUAAUGAACAAGCGAACACUGGAUGAGACAGCAUUGUGCGAUUCAAUUCUCCAGUUCGCCGACGGACAGGGUCUGCCAGUCGCGGGGAAUUCUCCCUAUGUUUCCGUCCCCGCCACGGGAGGCUCAGCUGAUGCAGCAGCUGGCGAGCUGGUCGAUCAGACACCAUUCAAAAUAGACAACUUCGGCGGGCCUGCUGAGCCAAACGCUGCCACCGCCUCUACGACAACUGCAAUUCAACAACACCUGCAGAAGGAGGGAUUGAUGCGGGCUUUCGUUGGCACCAAGCUUGGGGAAUUCAAUAUGCGGGGGGUUGAGGCUGGUAUGUCGUGGUGCCAUGUCGAAAAGAAGCCAGGGAAGGUUUUGAAUACGCAAGGCCGGCGGCAAAUGCGGGCGGAGCUCAGCGGCCCGUACGGCGAGAAAGGGUCGUCACUACGGAGGGGGAAAACAAGUGGACCCGGACGCCAGGUGGUGGGCGACGUUCGGAGUGGUGGCUUUGUUGAAAAGAACACAAAAUCGGGGGUGCCGGACAGCUCGUAACCGCCUGCCUCGAAAGAUCGGUGAGGGUAGCGUCAAUCUGGCGGCACGCGGAUUGCUACGACGCCCGCCCGCCACCGGAUCCGACUGUCCACUGGGAUGCCUUGUUUCUGCACCUCGGUGCUUGAUGUGGAAACCAGCUGUUACUUGUACCGUAUCGUGUGCGACCGUGCCGUGGGACACCUAGUGAAAGAAGGGUGGGCGGAGGUGUAAGCAAAUGUAAGCAGUCAUUAGACACAAGUGAAGGAACAAGGUAACACGAGUCUGGUAAGACGAGUCCUGCUGAAAUAUUGUCGAAUCCUUCCGUUGUAAAUAGAUUGAAUCGUGUCGGUAGGUUAUCAUUUGCCCGGGAAUAUCCCCGCCACGAGCAAGAGAGGAGAGAGAGAUAGGGAGGGAGGGAGGGAGGGAGGGAGAGAAAGGAAGAAGAAAUAUGCAAAUUUCAUCUUAAACAGGUAGCUGGUGCGCUGUGUGCGGCAGGCAUGCAAGGCAACAGACAAGCGGGAGGCAGAUACUUACGUUCAGGAUAGCGCUAGUAGCACCUCUCACGUAUAUCGGAAGAGAGGUUGUGUGUAUGAGCAUAACUGAAAGAGGGCGAACCGCGUGCCUACGUGUGACCGCAGCACAACCUGCAUCCCAUCAUCGCGUUCCCCUUGCCGUUGGAAAAAAAAUCGUGUGUGUUGCGUAAGGGAGAAGCAAGAGCGAAGAGUCGAGGCGACUAGCCAUAAACUUGACCCGAUUAGGAUUCAGGGACGGGGUUCGGCACUGAAUAUGUAGUGCUGUGAGCAGGGUGUGCGUUUUGGUCGUGCGUACGAUCGAAAAAUCGUACAACAAAAUAGAUCAAUAUCCCGGGUGUUUGAGAUAAAUUGCCCUGCUUUGCAGGGCUGCCUCCAAUCCGUGGUCCGCUUUCUUUUGAUCCUUUGAAAGGAUUGGAUUUCGUGCGUGACGGCGUUACAAAACGGGGAAAAAUAAAACUUAACGGGGAAAAUGGGAGCGAGGGUGUCUAUUUCUCUCUCUUGUUCAACUAAUUAAAUUAAUAAUAUUAGUUGUAUGUAUGCCUACGCCAGUCAGUAGUUUGCUAGCCUUUGUGCGCUGGUUAGCGCCUGUCUGUUGGUUGUGGAUGACAAAAAGGCAGGGCUGUCAUCGUUAAUUUCUCCGCGGUAAUUGUACCGCAGUAAAACCACGAUAAUUACGGUUUCAUGUAAUCCCGUGAAAAAUUAAAGUUUUUACCAUUCCCAUCCAAAUCCUUUCCGUUAUAAAUUGACUGUACCGUUAACUCCCAAACCGUGAACGAACAAAUUGAAGUGCCCCAUUACCGCACAAAAAAUGACGGCGGAAAAUCGGAACUCCCGUGCUUUCGAGUGACCACGGGGUAUGUUACCGUUGGAGCAACACGAAAUCCCAUUUAUGUAGCACCAGUGCUGCACGGCUGAAAAAAAAAAUGUAAGCGGCGGGACAAAAAAUAUCGGCUUACACAGAAGAGCAGCGCGACCGGCGUACAUCCACCCAUGACUAAAGGUUUACAGCAGUAGACUAUUCCAAUAGCUAUCUAGGGAACCAAGAUUUGCCGAAUUCCGUCCACUCUGUAGGCUUCAAACUUGCCGGCGCAACCCGCAGCCCGUGCCCGAAAAAAAUGUGCCGAUGUUAUCUACACGGCGCAACCACGCUGCUGCGCGCCCACCAAAGACACCAAGCGCGAGAACGCGCCCACCACAGCAUCAAUCGCCACAAAAAAAUGAUGGAAGACGGACUGAGCGCCAGAUAAUAGAUUGCAUCAAAAUUCAACUUGAUUGGUGCAGAGGAUCGAGAGGUAGGCACGAAUGAAGUUGAAGACUUGCGUUCGCAUACAGGCACCGUGCUUAUGCCCUGAGACAUUGCCGGCAACACCGAGCACUGAUUAUGUUAGCUACUGAUCUUGUGCUUGUAGAGCACUUAGAAUUGUGCUGCAAUACCAACCAUAGGUGGAGUACUCUGGAAUGGUGUCAGCUAGGUUUGAAAUGAAAUUGCUGUUGGUGGUGCCCCUCUGUUGUUGCACCGCACACACACGCUUGUGCCUGUUGGAGUCGGGACCCUCACCUAGCAGUGCACAACUCUCCUGAUUCCCGAAGAAAAAAAUGCAAGAAUGGUCGAAUAGCGACAGCAUAGCACGGCACCUACAGUAGUAACAAUGAGUUUGGCCGCUGAUAACGUCGUGCUAUGGGGAGUCGCAUGCAGGAACGGCCGGCAUAUAUAUGUAAACAUUGAAGUAGUCUACUUAUCUCGAUGUACAUGAGGACGCCCUGAGCAUUGGUUGUGGCGAAAACGCCGAUAAUACUUAACACACGAUCACCGUACACAGAACCGGGCCAACGCACCCAGCACCCCAAUAAUAGGUAUCCGGCAGUCUGCCGGAAAAACGCGGAGAACAAAAUGCCAUGCCAAUAAACAACGGACACCCGGCUUGGCCGAAGAACACCCCCCCCCCCCCGGUCCUCCACCUCCCUGCGCAACUACGUGCGCAACUAGGAACGAACGAAAAUUCGCCGCGGGCGGAAACUCGCGCCCUAGCCGGCUUUUCAGUAUUAUUAGGCUGAAGUUCGUCCGUCUGAUAUCUCGUACCCCGGGGUCGUCGUAUGUCGUGGAUGGAUGCAUCCAACGGAAGUGAAGCACGGACGGACCUGUUCAACCAUCAACAAGGUGGCGGAACAGGACCUGUAGUAGUUCCGCACAGAAACACCACACACAGCAGUUAGUUAGGUUGCAUUGUUUGUUGAACGAUUGAAUACUUCCACCGUUUCUCUGUGGGUGAGGAAGGCGGCACUUGCUUGUUGCCUGUCGUGUUGAUGACAUGUUAAUACUUGGCGCAUGAUGAACUUUACUAGUAGACUACCGAACUACCGUCGUGGCCAGCUACCGCCCAAAUUACUGUAUUACCGUGGUUUCGGGAAAUGAUUCCGACAUGAAGAACCGUUAACAACGAGGACAGCCCUGCAAAAAGGGGUGUGUCCAGAAAUUUUACCUGCACUAUAGCGGGCACCUUCACUUUUAAUGAACAGAAUACGUGAAUAGCAGGUUCGGCACUAUUGAGGCUUUGAGUAUACCUCAAUUGAGGAGAUGUUUGAUUUCAUGGUGUGGCGCUCAUGCUUUGCGGGGCUAACAGACUUCGAAAUGGAUCGAAUAACAGCAGUAGUGCUGGGCCCUGUUCUAGCGUAGGCGUGGGCAGACUGUCCCGCGACGCGUGUGGUUCCCCCCUGCCGCACACACAGAAAUGUAGAAAAAUUACUUGCAAGUUGCACCGUUAGACUAAUUGAUUUCUCUGCUCAGCACACUCGUUCUGUACUUCACACCGUCAACUGCAUGUCGCACGAACCAAUCCUUUAAGUCCUCGGUGCCCCCGUUCGAUGUUGCAAGAAAAAAAUAAUAAUACAUGAAUAACACGCAAGGAAGCGCAUCCUAGAAGAAAACAAACAACCACUACUGCUAUCGCCGUACACCCCGCCCUCACUACGUCGCGAAAAAUUCUCUCGUGUCUGCCUGGCGCAUCCAUCAACUUGAGAAUCUCAAGCUUCGUGUUGUUGUCCGGCCGCGCACGAGAACUAGAACCCCUUCUUACUCCCCCCCUUCGUUUUCUUCGGGCAUUUAGACGGUCCCGCCCCAGCACCCUCAGCUGGUGUCGCUUUGCGCUUGCCAGCCUUGCUGCAGAUGCGGUGCUUUUUGUUGUCCUCAAAUAUGCUACCUCAAUUGCGGUGGAGCCGCCCGCCACACCCUUCCUUGCAGACGUGGCCAUGAGGGACUUGCGGCGUUCCGUCUUCUUGUCGAUGGCUCAGUUCACCGUCCGCACAAGGUCUGCUGUCAGCUGGAGACGAUACUUUUUCGCGCUCUUCACUUGAGUUACAACGGUCAGCGUACCACCACGCCUUAUCAGCGCCUUAUCAGGGCGUCCCUUCUGUCCGUCAGUGCCUCAAGGCGAAGCGUGAAGGUCAUGGGACGUGCAGGACAUCCACCACUAACUUUCUUGUUUGUCUGCCCUUGGGGCUGCUCU